ACUAUUCCAGCUGGAGCAGGUUCAAGUUCUUCGAUGUGUUGCCAUGGUGAUUUUGUCAAACGUUCUUGGUGGAACCCAAAAGCCUGAUCUGCGUAAUCUUAUCCUGAAAAUGAACCGACUAACUCCGUUAGCUACGUACGAGGAACGGGGGCCAAUAAUGCAACAUAAAUGUCAACGAGGAAGAAGCUGUGAUUUCCGACUCUUGCAAACGCAGCCCUGCCGGAAGUCUGUUGGCGUAAACUGAUGGAUUGUGCGCAUGCGCGCGGCGUCAACAACUCUGUUUACUCGAGGUGUGUGGAUCGUUUCGCGGUGGAUUUCCUCCAGGCCCGAUCACUGUUCGACCACGUUAUCUGGAGCAUUUUACCUGUGAGCCGCCAACACCUCGGGCUGCCGCCGUUAGAGCUGUGCGCUAGAGUUAGCCGGGAAGCUACACCAGUAGCUAACUUUAGCAUUAACGUUGGUGUAGCACACGUUUAGGUGAACAUAGCUUAGUUGAGUGUCACAGUACUAAACGUCUUGUUAACGUCCAUAUUUACCUGUGUUUGUUAACCUGUUGACUUCAGAUAAGUGAACACUAACUACAGAUAUCUGGUGCUAUGAAGAAGAAGAUGGUGUCAGAUGCAGAGAUGGACGGGUCAGACAGAGAAGGGAGGAAGAGAAGAAGAGCUUUGUCUCUGGAGGACUGCCGAUGUCCGGUGUGUCUGGAGAUCUUCCUGGAGCCGGUGACGCUUCCCUGCACACACACCUUCUGCAAGGUGUGCUUCCUGGAGUCGGUGGACAAAGCCGCCCUCUGCUGCCCCCUGUGUAGAAGGAGGGUCUCUACCUGGGCCCGUCUGAACAGCAGGAAGAACUCUCUGGUGGACCAGACUCUGUGGGAACAGAUUCAGACCUGCUUCCCUCUGCAGUGUCAGCGCCGCCUCACCGGGCAGGAGGAGGAGGAGGAGCAGCCUGGAGUGUGUUCUCCCAGAGUGAGUCAGCCUGGAGAACUGAAACAGGAAUAUGAGGACCAGGUCACCAAACUGAUGGAGGAGAAGCGAUUCCAUGAGGAGGAGGAGAGGAAGGCCAGUGAGGACUUCAUCCAGAGGCUGCUAGCUGAGGAGGAAAAUCUGAGGCAGGAGGAGACAAGGAGACGAGAAGGAGAUGAGAAGCUGGCUCGUCUCCUCAGCAGCCAGCUUAACUCUGCUCCUGUCUCUCAAGGGAACGUUGGUACUCCUCAUGUCAAGAAUAAGAAGAAGCUGAAAAAGGAGGAGGAGGUUGGUGGAGGACAAAUGGAGAAGUUUCUGUUUCCACUUCCUUCUAACAACGUCUCCUCAUCCUGCAGCUUCAUAUCCAACAAGGAGAACAUCCUCCUCCUUCAGGUGGAGCAGGUGGGGCUGCAGGUGGAGCGCCCCCCCCCCGCACUUGAUUACUAUGGGCAGACGGCUGGAUCCUCUUUUGAUCUCCACCUUCAAGUCUCAGCAGAGGGAUCAUCUCAGCAGGAGGUGACCAGCCGAGGCUGUCCCUCCUCUCCUGAGGUGGUGAGGGAGGCGUCUAUAGGGGUCGCUGGGUUGGAGGCGGAGCUUAUGUGCAGACAGCGGCAGGAGGAGGAGGACCGGAGGUUAGCUUUGCUCCUGCAGAAAGAGCUGGACCAGGAAGAGAAGCAGAGAGCCACCAACCGACGUAAAGGUUCCUCGGAUCCUUACCUGCUCCGACAUCAAAGCAGGCAGGAGAUGAAGUCCGGCAGCUGUGACACCGCCACCCGACCCUCCCGAAGGACUACGAAGAUCUCCAGCCCACCCUCCUCAUCGACUAAAGACAACUGGUCCUCUACAAAGACCUCCACCCCCUCUUCCUCCAACAGCCGCACUAAACAAGCCACCCUGACGGAGAUGUUCUCGUUCAGAGCUGCUGAUAGUUCUUCUCCUGUGUCCCAGUAGAUCCUCUAAAUGUCCCCCCAUGUGGAAAAAUGUUCUUUUCAACCUUCUCUCCAUUGCAGAUGAGAGAGUGAAGGAUGAAUCAGUUGUUUCUGGUGAAACACGUUAUUUCAUCGUGACCUUUUCUAAGAAAUAAAACACCUGUUUAAUCCA